AACAAGCGGCCGUGCUUCAUUCAUCUUUUUGCAAAAAAUAUAAAAUUAGGUCUUUUUAAAUUUGUUUUUGCAACUUUCUGAUGACUUUUAUUCCUAUAUAUUUCUAAAGUUAUUCUAGUGAGUGUUGACUAUAGUCUCACGUAUGGAAAUACUAGUAAUUUUGGCCGAUUUCAAGUGACAGAUGUUUCUUCGCUAAAACGCGCCAGUUUUUAAUCAAAUAAAGUGAAACUAUUUCUAAAAAAUGGAGGAUACCAGUGAAAAGCUCGUUGAUAUUCAAUCUGCAACAGGAGAACCAGGGAUUAUACAAGCAGUCUCCAUCACUAGUCCUGUGAAAGUUCAGGACACGUCGCAAAACUUGUUCCCUGAGAGUCCAGUUUAUGAACCAGAAGAACCUAAACUCAUAGAAGAAAAUGUUGAGGUCGAUAGUACUAUGGCCGAAUCAAAAACAAAAGAUGACCAUUCAGUCAAUCACGUUAAAAGAAAGUUAUCUGAAGAUACUCCUGACAGCAGCGCAAAAAUUCAAAAACUAGAUUUGGAAGAUGAGGAAAUAGCUGUCUCAACUCAGACCUUAGACAACGAGGUAUCUGAGAUAACAAGUGUGGCAAAACGAAAAUUAGAAGAUGAACUACCGUCUACAUCUCGCGUUCGUACGCCUGUUCGUUCAAGUCCUAGAAAAUUUACUAAACGAAGCAACAGUGCUGAUAUUACACCAAAAACGCCAAAGACUAAAUCGCGAUCAGCUAGUGUCGAUAUAACAAAAAGUCGAAACACUCCAACCGAUAUGAAAAUAGAUUUUAAAAAUGAGAAGAUUGUAGAUGACGUUCAUGAAAGAAACUCUGACAGUUCAAGUCUAGAAUUAGUUAGAGAAAUCCAGCCAAAAGUUCCUGAUACCAUAGCGGAGGAGAGUGCUGAGAAUCUCAAUGAUUCACAAACCUUUCAACUGGUCCUAUCACCGUUUCCAGAAGAAUGUUCCAGUGAGGAUAAAAUUAAAGAAACUAAGUAUAACGGCGAUCCAAUAGUGAUUAAAUACGAGGAAGAACAUCUUACCACUGAGAAAGUUCUAGAAACAAAAAGUGAUGGAUACAACUACUCAGAUCUGAGCAAUUUCGCCCAAUCCAUAUCAAAAGAAAAAACUACAGAUCAAGAAAGUACGGAUAGCAUUUGCUCCGCCAAUCUAGAUAGUCCUGAACAUAUACCGACUGUCGCUUCGAAAAUGAUAACAAAAUUAUCCAAUGGUAAUUCUUCCACACCGACCGAAACAAACAGCGAUAAACAUGGGUCCGAAGAAAAUACCCUCGAUAUUAUGAAGUUGAAUGGUAACAAAGAAAAAAGAAACAAAAACGAAUCGUUUAGAGCGAGCAACACGACAACACCCUCAACGAUAUCUCCUUUACAAAACGGACACUCUUUACCAAUAAAUACGCCGCAAAUACCAAUUUUUGAUGUUCACGUCAGCCACAAUGAAGACUGCGAAUUUUUAUCGCUUUAUGUAGUCCGAACUGACAACGAUGUUGGGAUGGAUAUGUGCAAAGAAUACCAGAGGAUUUCGAAACGUUUUACGAUUGAUCCAUAUUUAGGUGAUGUUUCAGUAAGUACUUCACCCUCGAGCGUAACUAGUAUCGGAAUGGUUAACUUACAAAACAGAACGUCAUUCGCAUCAAAUAUUAGCACCGCAUCAUCGUCUAGCAACCGCACCAGUGACGGAGCCUUCGUGGUCCCACAACCUCCAAGGAAAUCCGUGUCCAAUCCUACAACUACCGUCAAAGGCUACGACUCAUUGAUGAAAAAACUCCAAGAUAUAUUUUCGCACAUCCGAGAUGCAUCAGUUUCAGAUAUUAACCGUUCAUUGAACGAUGACAAAAUAUCGGUCGGUAUUCAGGCGACAUUGUCUGACACGGGCUUUAGUAAUGGUAACGCCAGUCCAGAGGAAGUUAACAAGUGUGAUAAGACAACUCCAAAGAGUUCUCUCAAGAAGUCCAGGGUAAGAGGACGACGGCCAAUUGCCGGGAAGACUAAACGCGCCUUAUUACCAACGCAGCACGAAGAGGCUGAAUACAUGCACGGUAUGACUUCACCAGAAAUGAUUCCAACUAACGGUGACAGUGGAAAGAUGUCUCCCGUAAAAUCUCCAAAGGAAGAAAAGCCUCUCUCCGCUUUAAUCGGGACACCAAAAUCUGUUUCCAAAUUGAAACAAAAGCGACGGCCAACAUCUCCUAGACCGGCGACGCCGGUUGAAAAGGUAGCCGUUAAACCUGAGUACCCAGGUUAUGCACCAGAUACGGUCGUGCUAGCUAAAUGGGUGGACAAGCGUUACUAUUCAGGCAAAGUCUUGGAGAUAACAGAGCUAAAUAAAUAUCUGAUAAAAUUCGAUGACGGUCAGAGUAAAGUGCUUCUCGAUGAUUUUAUAAUUUUUGGGGAUAUGAAACAGUUGCCAUUACAAGGCCAGUCCGUUUACGCAAUGGUCGAUGAGGAACAAAACUAUGAGCCAGGUUUAGUUCUUGGAAUUGAAGAGAAUGAAAACGGCACUGUGACGUACCGCUGCACUACAGAUGGUGACACGAUAGUGAUGGUGACGGCGAGCGAGCUGUACCUGACGGAGGACCAGGCGCGCUCGCUGAAGGAGUCGUCGCGGUGCCGCUCGCCCGCCGCGCCCUCCACGCCGCGCCGCCGGCACCACCGCGAGCUCGACCUCGACAACAUCAUACAGGGACCGCGAAGCGCUCGCAGUCGAGACAAGGGGAAUUCAAGUGCCAGAAAACGGGUAGCAUCACCAAAGAGUCCGAAAGCUUCUACCUCAGGUGUCAAAACUAAGAGCACCCCAGUCGGACGGAAGCGUCUGGCGAGCGAGAGCAGCGAGAUGAGCGAGAGCAGCAACUCAGCGCCGCCGGUGCGCCUGGAGGAGGUGGCCGGCGUGGAGCCCGAGGUGCAGCGCACGCCCAGGAAGAUCGACGGCGUCAAGGCUGGUCCCUUACAACUUAAAGGCGCUGCGAAACAGAACAUAGGAAAGAAGAACUCGAAGCUGACGAAAUUUGAAAAUGAUGAAGAUACAGUCUCCACAUUGGGACCGAUCCCCAGCGCUGAUAGCAAGAUAUUCGCAGGGCUUUGCUUCUUACUCACCUGUACUGAACCACCGCGACCGGCUCGAUCUGAGAAGUGCCAAGAAACUCGACACUACUCAUCCGAAGAAGAUGGUGAGACUACAUCCACUAUGGCCGGUACUGACACUGAAGACCUGGAGUUCACCGACCGACCCUUCAACAAGGAACGUCUCAAAGAACAGCUGGAGGCUGGCGGUGGUACUGUUUAUAGUCAUUUCGAUGAUGUUCCCAAGAACAAGUACACCGUCUGCAAGUUGAUCGCUCCACGUCCGUGCCUGACUGCAAAAUACAUCCAAUGCCUAGCAGCGGACAUCCGGUCGGUUUCCCACGCGUGGGUCAUUAUGAGCUGCACCAACAACCGAUUGCUGGAUAUUGAUGCAUUUGUUCUGCCAUCGGGUUGGUCAAUACUGAAAAAGUGCUUCAUUAACUGGAAUCCAUCAUCAGGAAAACGCAACACAACAUUCUUCAAGGACAAAACCAUUCUCUUAUGCGGCGAUCAGGACACGUUUGUAAAAUUCUGGGAACGAGUUUGCACUCUCGCUGGGGCCAACACAAGAGUCGUCAACGAAGAAGACCUGAACAUGUCCGGAGCAAUAUGUCUAGUCACCGAGUGGGACUGCCCGCAUGAAGUACAGAACAAAGCGAACCAAGACAACAUACCUCUCGUGUCGACAACCUGGGUCGUGCAGUGCCUGAUCGAGGCUAAAGUGAUCGCUCCCACCAGCCACGAUAAGUUUUCAUUUAUGUAUGCAGAGCCAGAAUGAUCCUGGGACUUUAGAAAAGUGCUCAUUAUACGUGAAUAUUGACACAUAGUGAGUGUGCGAUGAGACGCUGUGUAGUGUAAGGAUUGUGACAAGUGACAGGUCGUUUCUAAUUUUAUUUUACCAAUUUUUUUUUUAUAUCCUCCCAAAUCAUGUGAUCUCUUCAAAGUAAAGUUUUUUUAUUGCUAAAACUUUAUCUAUUGUUUGUCAGAAACUAUAUUUGAAUUUCAUUAUUUUUCUAAAAUAUUGUUAAUUUAUGGUAAUAUAAAAGUCGAUGUACCUACUUAAUUAUUUUCUGAACUUGACUAUUAGAAUAAGGUAUGCAUAAAGGAAAAUAGACUUUAAUCUUUGGACAAAAUAUGGGAACUUAUCUGUCAUGCACACUUAUUUCCAUAGACUUUACGAGACUAACUUAUGUGGACUUAUUGAUGAAAAUUUAACCUUAGAGAAAGUUUUGUCCCUUUCACAUAUUAAUGACAUCAUGUGUAUGUGGAAAAAGACAAAAUACAAUGGUUGAGGCUGUAUUUUUAUUAAUAAUGUUAUUAGCAUUAAGGAACUUCAUAUCGUAGCCCUUCAGUGAAAGCCAAAAAGAAAUGUCUUAAAAAAAAGUAUGUAUGAAGUGUAAAUAAGAGUUAAGUGUGCGCUGCAUAAGUGUUAAGUUCUUGAAACUCUGUGAGUAACAUAUAAUUGCUAAAGUUCUCAUUAUCAUCAAUAUACAUUCAUCUCGAAGCUGUUCAUGUCUCUUCUCAAUUAGAAUUUCUACCCAACAUAUAUGAAAACAAUUAAUUCGUAAUAUACGAGGUUUACAUUGCAGGUAAACGAUAUGUGGGUAAUUUAAAUGUUGUUAUGACAUCAAAGUUUUCUUGUAUCAAAGAAUUUAAUGUGUGUUCUAGGAAUUCGUGUAAGUUUAGUUGUACUUGUGACAAAAUAAUCUGUAUUUAGGUGUUAUAUAAGUGUAACUAUUUGUCUAUUGCCUGUAAAUUGAAUUAUAGCUUUAGAUAUAGUAUAACACUUCAAAAUUUAAUUAACCAUUGCUCGUUAUUAGCAAAAUGUAAUAAAAUAAUUUCUCUAAAUGUACUAUUAAAAAGAUAUGACAUGAAAAACAGUACAGUAGUACUACUACUGUACUGUACUGUACUGUACUGUACUGUACUGUACUGUACUGUACUGUACUGUACUGUACUGUACUACUGUACUGGCAUGAAAAAUUUGAUGUAAUUCUUUUUGGAAAUACUUGAAAUAUUGUAGCGUCUAAAUAACGAUUAAUACAAGUAGAAAUAAAACUCUCAAGCUGGUGUGGUAUGAGGUAAACGGUCCGAAGGCUCACUUAAUGGAAAGCGUCUACCGCUGAUUUAUAUUUCUUUACGCGCGAGUAAUGUAAUAUGUAUUACAUUUGUUAUUUUAUGACAGUCGUUAGAUCUUCUAUACAGUAUUGGUCAACCCAAUAAUAUUUAAGUAUUAAAUAGACAGUUCAGGUGUCAACUUAAGGCAAGAGUGGGGUAUUGCGAGCAAAGGGGGCAGUUAAAUUCAACAUUUUGGACACGCACUAAUGAGAUUCUAUUCUGUAUUCGUAUUAUUUAUUAUUUUUAUCGCCAGAAAAAAAAAACUUAAAAGCUUUCGAUCAUAAAUCAAAUACAAUACACACUUGUAAUAUGACAGAUAGUUUGGUAAAUGUUAUAAUGGUAAAUAAAAUUGUAAAUGGUCUCAUUUAGAUUAUAUUACAAGUUUAAGAUUAAUAUGUAGUAUAGACGACGAAUUAUUUAAGACUUGAUGUUAAAUGUUAUAUUUAAUCUGUGUUCUUGAUAAAUGACUUAAACUAAGACUUGAAAACCUGUCCAAUUUUUUUUUUUAUAAUGAAUUUCAUUUAAAAAGUCUUCCUGUGAACAAAAUGAUUUGCUUGUUUACAAAAAAUCUAAAAAUUUAAAUUCUAUCAUCUCACAGAUAAAUAGUUGUAAUGAUUGU